AUGGAUGUGCUUAAGAAGUGGAAGAAGCUUGCUGUUGUGUCCCAGAAAGGCCUGAAGAACAAUUGGGUGCCCAAGGGGUCCCUUGCUGUGUGUGUAGGACCUGAGCUGAAGAGGUAUGUGAUCCCUACGUGCUACUUGCACCAUGAGGCCUUUGGGGUCCUGCUCCGAGGAGCAGAGGAGGAGUACGGAUUCGCGCAGGCAGGCGUGCUAAGGAUACCCUGCAGCAUCGCAGAGUUCGAGAGAGUUCUCGUGAGGGUGGAGAGGAAGGAAGGACUCUGCUAUGGGAGUCUGGAGUUUCAGACACAGUUGGCUAAUCUCCAUGACAAGUAG